CGAGGCCUAGUGCCCGGCGCCCGCCUCGCGCUCCCCAGCCGCCCAAAAUGGCGGCGUCGGCGAGGCUCCCUUGCGCGGGGCUGCGCUCCCUGAGGCGCCUGCUGCUGGGACGCCCCUCGCACCCCGGGCGGCUGCCGGCGAGGGGGCUCCGCGCAGGAGUAUGCCUUCAACAGCAGGAAGAGUUUACCUCUUUGGAGGAGAAGCCGCAAUUCCCCGGUGCCUCGGCCGAGUUCGUAGACAAGCUAGAAUUCAUCCAGCCUAAUGUCAUUUCAGGGAUUCCCAUCUACCGAGUUAUGGACCGACAGGGGCAGAUCACCAACCCCAGCGAGGACCCUCAGCUUCCCCAAGAGCAGGUGCUGAAAUUCUACAAGAGCAUGACGCUUCUCAACACCAUGGAUCGGAUUCUGUACGAGUCCCAGAGGCAGGGUCGGAUCUCCUUCUACAUGACCAACUACGGGGAGGAAGGCACCCACGUGGGCAGCGCAGCGGCUCUUAGUGACACCGAUCUGGUCUUUGGACAGUACCGUGAAGCAGGUGUACUGAUGCACAGAGGGUACCCUCUGGACCUGUUCAUGGCACAGUGCUAUGGCAAUGCCAGCGACACUGGGAAAGGCCGUCAAAUGCCCGUGCACUACGGCUGCAAAGAUUUGCACUUUGUCACCAUAUCAUCCCCACUAGCUACGCAGAUCCCACAAGCUGUUGGCUCCGCCUACGCCAUCAAGAGGGAGAACACCGACCGGAUUGUCAUCUGCUACUUUGGGGAGGGCGCGGCCAGUGAGGGUGAUGCCCACGCAGGCUUCAACUUUGCCGCCACCCUUGAGUGCCCCAUCAUUUUCUUCUGCCGCAACAACGGUUAUGCCAUCUCCACCCCGACGUCUGAGCAGUACCGGGGCGACGGAAUAGCUGCACGUGGUCCCGGCUACGGCAUCCAGUCUAUCCGGGUGGAUGGCAACGACGUCUUUGCCGUGUACAAUGCCACCAGGGAGGCCCGUCGCCGGGCUGUUGCUGAGAACCAACCCUUCCUGAUUGAAGCCAUGACCUACAGGAUUGGACAUCACAGCACAAGUGACGACAGCUCCGCCUACCGCUCGGUGGAUGAAGUCAACUAUUGGGACAAGCAAGACCACCCUAUCUCUCGUCUCCGUCACUACAUGGUGGGCAGAGGCUGGUGGGAUGAGGACCAGGAGAAGACGUGGCGGAAGAAAUCCCGCAAAAGGGUGAUGGAGGCCUUUGAGGAGGCGGAGCGCAAGUUGAAGCCCAGCCCUCAGUUCCUCUUCUCCGAUGUCUACUGCGAGAUGCCCUGGCACAUCCAGAAGCAGCAGGAAUCCCUGGAACGCCACCUCAAGCAGUACGGCGAGCACUACCCGCUGGGCCAGUACGAGAAGUGACCCGCCUUCCCCUCGCCUCUCUGCCCUCCAGCACCUGGGAUGUGCAGGAGAUCUGGCUCAUACCAGCGUGCAGAGAGAAAGAGAGGGAGGUUUUGUGUUCUGGGCAGCCCCUUCCUUGUCACAGUGGCAAUCAUUGAAAGGGAAGGAUCAGUUGCUAAGAGACUCCGCACCGGGGGAUCCCUUUUGGAUACUUUGGGGCUGAGGGGCUGGCACCUGUAAGCUGUGUCACUGGGCCCCACACAGGGGCUUCAAGCUAGCUUGUGGUAGCAGCCCAGACUGUUACUUUGCCCCCGUUUUUAGAAUCUGCUAGUUGCACAGAGCCUGUUCAAAGCACACGAAACAUCCACGGCUCUCCUGCUGUGGAUGUGAAUUGCCUUAGAUCUGCUGCUUCCCCGACUCUUGGUACCUUUUCCCUCCACGAUUCUGUCAUUCAGCCAGAAAUUGGGCAUAAGCCAGCCGGCAGCACCUUGGUUGCCCCUGUGGGGGGCAAGCAUUUUUGCCAAACGGAUCCCUAAUGCCAUCGUAAAUGUCUCUGGAACUGAAGACCACUUUGGUGGAAUCUGCCGCUAGAAGUCAAGAUGCGCUGUCUAGAGUGGGAGGCCGCAGCUGGUGUCCUGUCUGGGAAGUAAAUCCAGGCCCUCUUUGGAUAGUGUCUUUUGGGUGAUAAAUGGCCUUUUUAAGGGAUGUGAACCUCAAGCUGUCAUUUUAAUUUGGGGGGGGGGGGGUUUAGCAGCCAGGGAGAUGAAUGCUGAAAGAAGAAGUUACGGUUGUCUUGCCUGGCCUUCUUUUCCUGAGCCCUUUCCCCGAUCUAAACUGGCACCUGGAGGGGGGAGCUCUCUUGGUCUGUUACGCUUGAAUCAGAAAUUCUUACCACUGAAAAGCAAUGGUUCUAUUUGGGCUGCUGGGAGUAACAAGUGUCUAGGCAAAUGUAUGUAUGAACAAAGGGGCACAUUGGGGAAUUAAUAAAACUUUCGUGGGCAUUUGC